AUGGGGAUACAAGGAUUGCUCCAGUUCAUCAAAGAAGCAUCUGAACCCAUUCACGUGAAGAAGUAUAAAGGACAGGUAGUAGCUGUAGAUACCUAUUGCUGGCUUCAUAAAGGAGCUAUUUCUUGUGCUGAAAAACUCGCCAAAGGUGAACCUACUGAUAGAUAUGUAGGAUUUUGUAUGAAAUUUGUAAAUAUGUUACUGUCUCAUGUCAAGCCUAUUCUCAUCUUUGAUGGAUGUACUUUACCUUCUAAAAAAGAAGUAGAGAAGACUAGAAGAGAAAGACGGCAAGCCAAUCUUCUGAAGGGAAAACAACUACUUCGUGAGGGGAAAGUCUCAGAAGCCAGAGAAUGUUUUACCCGUUCUGUCAACAUUACUCAUGUUAUGGCUCACAAAGUAAUUAAAGCUGCUCGGGCUCAGGGAGUAGAUUGUCUUGUGGCUCCUUACGAAGCAGAUGCACAGUUGGCCUACCUUAACAAAGCUGGUAUUGUACAAGCUAUAAUUACAGAGGAUUCUGAUCUCCUUGCUUUUGGCUGUAAAAAGGUGAUUUUAAAAAUGGACCAGUUUGGAAAUGGGCUAGAAAUUGAUCAAGCUCGGCUUGGAAUGUGCAAACAACUUGGAGAUGGGUUCACAGAAGAGAAGUUCCGUUAUAUGUGCAUUCUUUCAGGUUGUGACUAUCUCUCAUCAUUACGUGGCAUAGGAUUAGCAAAGGCCUGCAAAUUACUAAAACUAGCCAACAAUCCAGAUAUUUUAAAGGUCAUCAAGAAAAUUGGACAUUAUCUAAAAAUGAAUAUAAUAGUACCAGAAGAUUAUAUCAAAGGAUUUAUUCGAGCCAACAAUACCUUUCUUUAUCAGCUGGUGUUUGAUCCCAUCAAAAGAAAACUUAUACCUCUAAAUGCCUAUGAAGAUGAUAUUGAUAAAGAAACAUUGAGCUAUGCUGGGCAGUAUAUUGAUGAUUAUCUAGCUCUUCAAAUAGCACUUGGAAAUAAAGAUGUCAAUACUUUUGAAGAAAUUGAUGACUACAACCCAGACUCGGACAUGCCUACCCAAUCAAGAAGUUAUAGUUGGGUUGAUAAAAGACACCAAAAGUCAUCUGUUGUUUAUAGCAUAUGGCAUAGGAAUUACUGCUCUCGAAUUGAUGUUUCUGAUGAUGUAAGCUCAAAGGGAAAAACGAGUACUGUGGGCAUUGAGCAAAUAAUUAGUACUAAUGCAUUAAAUCUUCCACGGAAAUCAUCUUUUGUGAAAAGACCAAGAAAUGAGUUAUCAGAAGAUGAUCUGUUGCGUCAGUAUUCUCCUUCAUUUACAAAGAAGACCAAGAAAAAUAUAUGUGAAGGGUAUAAAACAUCAAACUCUCUUGAAACGCCCAUUUCUAGCCUUGCAGAUGAAGCUACUAACAAAAAAUGCUUAAGCACACAGCCUACAAGGAGAAAAUAAAUUUGCGACAUUUUACAGAGAAAAAAUAAAGAAAGAGAUGCAGUUGUGGUUCCAGGAACCAGAAUCAGGUUUUUUUGCAGUUCUCCAGAUUCUUUUAACUGUGUACCCAAGGAAAACUGUGACCAGUUUCUAGAUGAAACUGCUUUCAUGGAUAAAAAGAGCAACCUAAAAGAAGUGGAUUGUCUUAAGGACAAGAAACUAGUUGAUUCUGAUGUAGCACAGAAAUCAGAUGAUCAGAUUCCAGAUGAUGUGACUGGGAUUAGCAAAGAAGAGCCCCAGUCUUUUGAGACUUGUACAUUCAUCAAGACCAUUUCACCACCUACAUUGGGGACACCACGAAGUUGUUUCAGUUGGUCUGGAAAUCUUGGAGAAUUUUCAAGAACUCCAAGCCCCUCCUCAGCCACAAGUACAUUGCAGCACUUUCGUAGGGAAGAUCUCAAGAACAUAACAAAUGUUGUACCACAAAGUUUGAAUGCAUCAAAACCUUCCUCACUUUCUAAUAAGGAUAAUGAUCUCAGAGUACUAAAGUGGGCAUUUAUUCUUCAGGUUCCUGGACUUUAUAAAUCUUUAUCUUAUACAGGUCUUUCUUCGACCAAAAUCAAACCUCUACUGCCUGCCAGAGUUCAGUGGGCUGAGAAAGAAUUCAGCAAGAAUCAGAAGAGAAAUCACCAUAAUGCUGAGAAUAAGCCAGGAUUGCAGACAAAGAUCAAUGAUCUUUGGAAAAAUUUUGGAUUUAAGAAAAAUUCUGAGAAAAUUUCUUCUUGUCAGAAGCCAGCUCCUCUGUCUCCAGUCAAAGAUAACAUCCAACUAACUCCAGAAACAGAAGAUAAUAUAUUUAACAAAUCUGAGUGUGCACAUGUUCAGAGACCAAGAUUACAAUAG